GCCAUUUGUUUCUCCUGCCACCAAAACGUUCGACUCUGUUCUAAUUCAUUUGUCUUCUAAUAGCCAGAAGUGGCAUUUCAGUUUCAACUCUUGUUGGUGCUUUCACUCGCUUUUGUGGUUUCACAUCCAGUCUAGGAUUAAUCUUUUUUCUUGUCAUCAACACAAAAACAAAGAGCCAAAAAUUGGUUGGUGUUUCCCCCUUUUGGUUCUUGUUUUCUUGUCUAUAAAUAAGAGUCUUUCUUUCUAGUGGUAAAUACAAAAAACCAAAGAAAUAUGAUCCACUUUUAAUCCCCUUUGCUAGUCAUCAUUAAAAAACAAAACUAAAAAUCUAUUCGUAUUUUCUCCGUCCAUUGUUGCUGUUUCACAUAUACAAAAUAUUCUUUGUUUCUAGUGGUCUGUACAAAAUAAAUUGAUUGCAUGCUCCACUGCGCCAUUGCUUUUCCACAACUACAUUGCAAUCCCCUUUCCUACUAAUGGACAUUGAAAAAAAAAUAUCAUUUGAGUUUCCCUUUACCGUUGAGUUUUCAGACCUGUAACAACUCAAUUUAUCUAGCUCUAAAUUUCAAUUAAGAAACAAAGACAAAAAAAGUCAUUUGCUUUCCAUUAUUGCUAUUUUUUGUUCUCUUAUCCUGACUUCGUUCUCUUUUCUAUGGAUAAAUACAGGAAAAACACAAAAAAUUCAUUGAUUUCACCCCUUUGUUGUUUGUUAUCAUUUAUCAUUGCUUGCUUUUCUAGUUACCAGCUCCGCCAGAAACACCAAAAGAUUGUUGGCUUGUCCCACUACUGAGUUUUUCAAGUAAAUCUGGUUCAUCAGACCAUUUCUUCACAUCCAUAUUACGGGCCUAAUUCAACGACCAGCUUUCAAGCAGAACAUGGACAAUUAAUAUUAUUUGGCAGCCUUCAGUUCAAGUUUUGCUGUAUAUAUGUUUCUCGGUGAUCUAAGAACCUACGUGACUUAAUAUUAUACAAUGUUAUCCCGAGUUCAGGUUUCUUAGCCGCUGAGAGGUCCCAGUUCCAAGAAAAACAGCAAAAAGGUCAUUGACUUUUUCCCAAUAUUGAGAUUUUUCAAGUAAAUCUAGUUGAUCAGAUCAAUCAUCUCUUGACAUUCGUAUUGCAGACAUAAAGUGCCCCAUUUUACCAUCAGGAUUGUACAAGGAAAUUUGUGUGCGGCUGUCAAGCCAAAUCAUAGAGAAUUAAUAUUAUUUUGCACCCUUCUAAGUGUUGCUGAAUAUUGUUACUUGUUGAUCGAGAAGGGAAGAUCUGAGAGGUCAACUUGUGCAGACUAGCAAGUUUGGCACACUACUGAACAUAAGUCAUGGCAUCAUCUUCUUGGAAAAAAUGGCCCGAUCAUGAGCGGGAUAAAUGGCGUGAUGAUCUGAGAGAUAUAGAUUUUUGGCUGAAGGGAUACAGUCACACGCCAGAGUAUGCUGACUUCAUGUUUCUAAUGCUUCUACCUUUUUCUCAUGGGUCCGUACAUUGGAAUGUUGGGGUAGGACCCAUGGCUUCAUUCAGACGUGCCAUUACAGCCAUGGCUUUGGAUAUAGUGUGUAAGCACUCUGCUCCCUUUGAUCACUUGGUAAAGGUGGAUCUGAGGCCCACGCCAACGGAAGACCAAGCCCAAGGAACAGGCUUGAUGAGCAUCAAGUACCAGUUGGCCGUAGCUGCGGCAAAGGAGCUGGACCUGCUUGUCCCAGAAUACAACCGGCUCAAAGAACAACAUGAAGAGGUACAGUACUACACCUAUGGGUCGCGGUAUGAUGGUGGUGCGUCUGAACGAUUGGAGCUAUACGUGCGGCAAGCAAUUGUUCCUCAGAUCAUCAAACAGUUGUUAACCAAGAGGUACUUGCUAGUGGUCGAGAACCUCCAGUGGCCAAUUGAGCCAGGCAAUUUAACAGCAGAUGUUGGGCUUCCUCCACCCUCGUGGGAAGCGUCUGCAUGGAUCUUCGAUGCCACUUCUCGUGAUGCCUAUUACAAGAGCAAGUCAGUGGGUGAUAGAUUAAUACCUUCAUAUGAAACACAUGGAGUGGUUGUGUUUCUCACUGCCUUUGCACUGCAUCAGUCGGCCGAGUACAUACUCAACAUGAUCUCUCAAGAAAGCAAGGAGUAUUGGCAUCGCAUAGCCCUCCAUUGCUUCCACUAUGCCAUGGUGAUGUUUGCUGGACAUUCACAAGUUGUGGCUGUUACCUCGGACGAGCUCAUCCACCAGUGGGCUGUCCAAGGCAUCUUGCCACAUAUGGCCCUCGAAAAAGAAGAAACCAGCACCAAGUGUUCCCAUAUGCAUCAAGUUGGAAAUCUCAUAAUUGAAGCAUUUCAGAAAUACUCUUUGUUGCAGCUACCUUUUUCUCCUGCUGAUGGAGCUUAUGACGCCACCAAUACCGGCGCACAAUUCUUAGCGUACCACGGCAUAGUUGCAGAAGGAAUCACAAUUGAAGAACUCUUUGAUAACAAGAAAAAAUGGAUUUCCUUCGUCGGAGACGACGGAUUGCAUGUAAGCCGAGAAUGGUUGAGCCUAGAGGAAACCAGGGGGCCGACUGCACUAAUUCUGAGAGGCUGCUCACAACAAUCGCUCGUACUUUCCAAGCUGGACUAUUUCUUGCCCAAAAUUUGUUUCCUCCGUGCUCUUGAUCUCUCCUACACUCCUAUAAAAUCUCUUCCUUCUUCCAUGUCUUGCUUACUAAGCCUUCGCCUGCUUUCCCUUAGAGGCUGUCAUGAUCUUAAAACUCUUUCCAGUUCAUCUACAGUAACCGUCACCAACUCAUCAACAAAUAUUAGUCCAUAUUCACCAUUGUCCACUCUAUACCAACUUCAAAUUCUUGACAUGAAUGGAGUUCCUUGUUCUCAGCUAACACAAGAUGUGGCCAAGCAAAAGAGCAAUUUGAUUCACCUCGACAUGUCCUAUUCAGAAAUAACUACUUUUCCUCCUACUUUUUUUGAGAACAUGUCAAAUCUUGAAGAACUUAUCAUGACCAGCUGUUCAAACCUUGUGGAGCUUCCUCCUUCCAUGGCUUCUCUAUCCAACCUAACGACCCUUGAGUUCACAGCGACUCGGAUAAAAUACUUUCCACACAAGAUAUUUGAAGAAAUGCAGAAGCUACAGUCGUUGAAGCUAAUCGAGAACAAGGAAUUGAUUUCACUUACAGGGCCAAUCUCUGGUGACCACAGAACCAAAUUGGAAGGCCAUCCAAACAUUGUAUCCUUCAUGCUGAUCGGCACACCUCAUAUGAGGGGUUUGUCUUUGCGUGGAUGUAGAAAACUUGAGUCUGUCGAGAUCAAGGAUCUUGGUGAUUUGGAGGAGCUUGAUUUGUCUGGUACAAGUAUCAAGGAGCUCGGUGAUGAAAUCCCUAAUCUUCCCCAGCUUAGGAGAUUGCUCCUUGGGGGUGUUCCUUUUCUGAGGCGAUUUCCUUGGCAUAAGUUGGAGCGACUCCCUGAUGUGUUUUACAUGGAUCACUGUUCAGAAGGAAAUGUUAAUCACUCUAGUCAAGUUUCCAAAGUGUGUGUUACUGACCCAAGGUUCUUCCAUAGCUUUAAUGACACAGUUGUGGAUUUAAUAACAGAUGGACAGUUUUUCCAAUCAUUCUAUGUUCGAGUUGCACCAUGCACUACAAAUAGCAUGCAACUGCAAGAUGAAGAAGUCAUGCUACAUAACAAGUUGCAGCAGUUUGUUCAGAAGCAAGCAACAUAUCCUGAUGUAUAUGACAAUUGUUAUGUAGAGAAAAUUGCAGUUCCGUCACCAAAAACAAUUCCCCUUCAUCGUACUGAGCGCCAUGUGGAGAUCACAGGGACGCAAUUGGGAAUUGAUGGUUUAAGCUAUCUUCUAAGAGUCACCAAAUCAAUUUCGGUGGCAUGUGAUACUUCUAUCAAUUAUUUUGAUGACUCGGCCCAUUUUUACGAGCUAGAAGAAUGUGGGAUACGUUGGUGCCAUAAAAUGGAAAGUGUUUUCAAUGGAAGCACAGGCUUGGAAAAACUACGCAAUAUGCAUGUGUGUGAUCUCAAAAGUCUUGUUUGGCUCUGUUCACAGUAUAGUUCUUUUGCCUUCAGUUCACUAGAGCACCUGCACCUGGAGAACUGCCCUAGAUUGGAGCACGUGCUGCCACAAACAACAACACUGCCAUGCCUCAAGACACUUAACAUCCUGUUCUGCUACAAACUCAAGACAAUUAUCAUCAGCAAUUAUAUACAAGAGAAUACUUAUCAGCUCCCAAGCCUCCAAAGGAUACGUCUCCAGGAGUUGCCACAGCUCCAGCACUUCCAUGACAAGGACGCCACCAUCACAUCACCUGUGUGGAAGGAGCUCCACAUCCGAGGGUGCUGGAGCCUCCGACGCCUCCCACUCCUAGAAGGAUGCCAGCCGGAGACAGUGAAGGUGAACGGCGAGAGGAGCUGGUGGAGCAAGCUCCAGUGGGGCUCACCCCUGCACCACGACAGUUACAACCCCAAGCUGCCCCCGGAGUUCGCCUCAUUCGAUGAGUGCGCCGAGAUGAGCAGCUACCUCAGAUGAAUCAACCCAGUCUCCAUCAACACAUCCAUCCAUCCAUCAGUUGUGUUCUGCCAUAUGUCCAUGUUGUAUAUAUGUGAACCAUCCUGGUCUGCAAGAUGAUACUUAUCACCUCCAAAAGAUACGUCUCCAGGAGUUGCCAUUGCUGCAGCACUUCCACGACAACGAAAUCACCAUCAUAGCGCCCAUGUUGAAGGAGCUCCACAUCGGGUGUUGGAGCCUUCGAUUCCCGCCACGCCUACCUUAAGUGUUCCACCAUACACCACAGAGAACCUUCCUCAACACUACCUUAUUAACAGUUUUCCACCAUACUCUGCAUCCACACUGUAUAUGUCAACUAUCCUUGUGUCAUUCGACCCCCUUGUCUCUAUAUAUAGUAUGCAUCCAUAACAUACAUGUCACCUAUCUACAUGCCCCUGCCUCCGUAUACACCCGCAUGUCAUCCAUUUGAUUUUAGAGUUUUUUGCAAAUAAAAGUCCAUUUUCCUUGGUUAUUGUUGACCAACCACUUUGUCCCCCAUGGAAUCGUGUUUACUUUUUACUGUUCCAACGCAUUUUAUUGGAGUAUCAACUACUUUAUAUUUGGUGAUGUACGGGCAUCAUUUGGGUUGUAAAAUAUGUUAAAUUAUCAAGUGUGGUUUGUACUGCCAGGAGCCUGUGUAUUUUACUCGAUUCAGAUAAUGGUUUGGCU